UCCACAUCUAUCCCAAACAUAAAAUUCCCUCCCUUCCUUCCCUCGUUUUCUACUCUCUCAAAAACCCUCGUCUCUCUCUCUCUCUCGAUUCGGCGUUUCUCUCUUCGCGGGAAUCCUCCAUCGGCGGACAACUGUAGCUGCGAUCUAUGUCUGACGGUGCACGAUCUUCUCUCUUUCCUGCCCCGCCGGCGCCGGGACCGCCGCAGCCACAGCACCCGCCGUCGUCUCCGGCUCCUUCUCCGAAGACAUCUGCUCCGGUGAUGCCUCCCAUUCGUCGGCACUUGGCAUUUGCCUCCACGAAGCCGCCGUUCCAUCCGUCUGACGAAUACCAUCGAUUUGUCCCUUGUCCUGCCAGUAAUACUGAUGAUAAUUGCGUUGUUAAUGGUUUUAGAGUCGCCGAUCAGGAGGAGGACGCGAUCGUAGUUAGAUCACCUGCAUUAAAGAGAAAGUCUACAAUGGAUUCGGGUGAUGUUCAAUCAAACAAUGGUUUCACAAGCCCUUGUUUCACUAGCUUAUCCAACACUCCCUAUCAAACUCCUGUUUCUGAAAAAAGAGGCAGAGUUAUCAACAGGUCAAAGGCCUCCAAAGGCAACAGGUCAACUCCCCAAACACCCAUCUCAAAUGCCGUUGCAGCUUCUCCUGCUACGCUUACUCCUACCGGCAGCUGUCGUUACGACAGUUCUUUAGGUUUCCUUACGAAAAAGUUCAUCAAUUUAAUUAAGCAAGCAGAAGAUGGAAUGCUGGAUUUGAACAAAGCUGCAGAAAAACUGGAGGUGCAAAAACGACGUAUAUAUGAUAUCACAAACGUUUUGGAGGGGAUUGGUCUCAUUGAAAAGAAGUUGAAGAACAGAAUACAGUGGAAAGGAUUUGAUGCACGGAGGCCUGGAGAUAUGGAUGCCGAUGUUUCUGUCUUACAGGCAGAAAUCGAAAACCUUACCGUGGAAGAGAAGACACUAGAUAAUCAAAUCAGGGAAAUGCAAGAAAAGUUGAGAGACUUGAGUGAGAAUGAAAACAAUCAGAAAUGGCUUUUCGUAACUGAAGAAGAUAUCAAAAGCUUACCAUGUUUUCAGAAUGAAACUCUGAUAGCCAUCAAAGCUCCUCAUGGGACAACUUUGGAAGUCCCGGAUCCAGAUGAAGCUGCUGACUAUCCACAAAGGAGAUACAGGAUAAUCCUCAGAAGCACAAUGGGUCCUAUCGACGUAUACCUCGUGAGCCAAUUUGAAGAGAAGUAUGAAGAUGCAAAUGGAGCCGAUCCACAAGGGAACUUGCCCAUUGCUUCUAGCUCGGGUUCCAAUGAGAACAAUGACAUAGAAACCUUUACUAUCGACAACACAAGAAGUGAGGUGCAGCCUCAGGUGACUCAUGCUCAAUCAAGUACCUCUGAUCUCGAUUCGUUGCAGGACCAAGUCGGAGGAAUGCUCAAAAUUACGCCCUCUGAUGUCGAAAAUGACGACUACUGGCUUCUCUCAGGAACCGAACUCAGCAUGACAGAGUAUUGGAAAACCGACUUUGGUAUCGACUGGGACUUCGGAACAGCUGAUAUCAGUACCGCUACUCCGCGCAAUGAAACGCCAGAAAUACCCUCUGUUGAAUCCUCUCGGAGAUGAUGAUUUAUCAGCUGCUCCCAAGUGUACGUUGCAUCUCAUACACCAAAAACUCCUCUUAUUACGAGAGCUUUUUUUUUUUUACUUUUAUAGAUUAUUAUUAUUAUUAUUGUUUUAUAAGAUAAUAUUUCUAUUUCCUUAAUUAGUUUUAGUAUUCUAUUUAGAAUAAUAAUACUCUAGGUUUAUAACUUCUCUGACAUCAAAUCUUCUGAACCGUCGAUUUUUUUAUAUUAAUCUGAACCGUUCGAUUGAAAAAAUAAUCUGAACCGUUGAUAUGUUAAUAUGAUCUGAACCGUUGGAUCAUAAGGAUGUCAAUCCAAAUUGCCCAUUGAUUUUACUA